AUGGCAACUGCUAUUUUCAAAAUAAAGCCUCUGAAACAGAGCAUCAUCCAGUGUCUUCUAAAAGAGCUUUCAAGAGAAUCCGCAAAUCUGACCAGUAGGAAGAACCCUAGCAUUCUCAGAAAAACUUUGAUAGACGACAUGAGAAACUUUAAACUUGAGAAUAUUUGUAAACAAUUGAGCACAAGGGCACCACUACUGUAUUCCACUCUGCUAACUACUGCAAUCUUCUUGUCCAAAAGGAACAAAUUCGCCCCCCUCCCCACCCCUGGUGCAAUGUUGUUUUGGCCUAACAGCUCAAGUGUGCAUUUCUUUUGUUAUCGCAGACAACAUUACAAAAGGGGAGGGGGGAAAAGGUCUUUUAAUUUGUGACGGUAAGCAUUUUUGUCAGUGUGAGUGAAAAAAAUAGGUAUUUUUGUAAUGUGUCUCAACAGGUUUUGUCCGAGGUUGUCUACAGGUGUUUUUCUGCAUUUUUUAUCUGUGAUGUCAAUUACUACGAGUCAUUGUUAUUUUUUUAAGUGAAAUGAAUGAAACUUAUUGUUUGUGAACACUUUUCACUUUGGUGGAAUGAUUAAAAAAAAUUUUUGGCUGAAAAAUGAAGUUAGGUCUGUUACAUUACACGGGGUGUGUAAUGCGUUUUUCUCUGUAACGUUACCAUGGACACAUUUUAAAACAAGUUGCUCGUCCCUAAAUGCUGUACUUGCGAGAGUAACGACGUUCUCUCGUAAUUACCGACCUAAGUGGAACUCUUAUGAUCUUAUGAUAGCGAGGAUACAUCUUCAGAGGACUGUGAAUCAUUUCAGGAAGCGCUAGGUGAGAAAGAAGUAAGAUCGCAAAUAAACUAUUGCAUGUCAGUCCGAUUAAACCUGGAUAAAGGGUGCGCUCUUCUUAAACGGAGGCGCCAUCAUUUUAGUAAACGCUUUACGUUACGCUUUUAACAUGUCACCAGUUGUAGCUGUGACAACCACAAAAAAAUCCGGAAAACACUACCAUCUAUGUGUGAAGCUUGAUCGCAAUCAACGCUGGCUGUCGUCGAAGGAGUUUUUACGCAAUGAGUAUGGGAUAAACGCGAACUACUCAAGCAAGCACCAUAACUACUACAGUGCCUGGACAUACGUAACUAAAGAGGAUGAGAAUUUUAUUGAGAGUGCUUGCCAUCCGGACCUUAAGAAUGCCAGCGAACCGAAAACAAGUGCCGCAAGUCGUGCUAAGCGGAAUAACAAACACAAAAGGAAGCUGCAAACGAAAAUCAUAGCGAUGAGGAUGAUCAGGAGAGUGACGACGAUAAGCGAUACUGAUGUGUACGUCUAGGAGGAGUGCUAGCACCAGAAAGAGAAAGCGUCUUACAACAUUCGAAGUGACAGAAAAUUAUAGUUGAGAAAAACGUGAAAUUGCUGGUAGAACUGCAAGCUUUGGCUCACCAACAGAAAAAAGAGGGCAAAACGGAUCUUGUUGAAUUCCUAGUAAAUCCCACGCCAAGGGCCGUUGCAGAUAUAUUGAAUACCGCGUGGGAAAUUGAGAAUGCUGCUGACAAACUGGCACGAUCUAAGAAAACUUGCCUAGAGUUAUUGUAAGAAGCGAAAGAAAAAGAAUGCACAGAGGGUUGUGAUGGGCUGUGGAAGAUUUGUGCCGAAGAAAUCCUAGCCAAUAAUCAGGUCCCACUACAAGUAUUUUGCCACGCAGUGUGUGAUUUGCUGAUAAAGGGAAGGGGUAAAUACCGGAACAUUUUGAUCACUGGCAAUGCGAACUGUGGUAAAACUUUCAUACUUAACCCAUUGACCUUGAUUUUUAACACUUUUUGUAAUCCUGCCUCCGGGAGCUUUGCCUGGGUUGGGGUUCAAAACGCUGAAUGUAUUUUCUUGAACGAUUUUCGGUGGCCGCCACAAGUUAUACCGUGGCAUGAUCUGUUACUUAUGCUAGAAGGUCAUGUUGUGCAUUUACCGGCACCGAAAACUCACUUUACAAAGGAUAUUUCAUUAACUAGUGACACCCCGAUAUUUUGUACGGGAAAACAUAGGCUCAUGUACAUCAAAAAUGGAAUUGUGGAUGAAUGGGAAUGCGGUAUGAUGGACGUUAGGUGGAAGAUAUUUCAUUUCACGUAUCAGAUCCCGCGGGAACAACAACGAGGCCUCCCGUCAUGUGCCAGGUGUUUUGCAGAGCUUAUUGUGCCCUCAUUAACAUAGUGGCUUGGUUGUACACGGUUAACUUAAUAAAGAGAACCCAACAGAGAGAAAACACCACGGUUAACAUCAGCUUACAACGGUUAACAACUGUAUGGAAUAAAACAAUAGACUAUCUUGUUUUUCUUUAUGAAAUGCUGUUAACCGUUGUUAAUCGUUCAAAUAACUAUGUUCCAGUUUGUUAAUCGUUUAAUUUUUGCAUUUAAUCAUUUUCGUAGUCUUCUGCUGAUUUGCUAGGCGAGUUUUAAUAUUGACAGCGGGCAUUUGUAGCGGAAAAAUUCACAUCGUCAUGGUAACCAGAUACUAUACAGUCCUUUUUUACGGUUAGUUUGUCACUCGCGUGACGUAGUAUCCUUACUAGAAUAUAGGCACGUGAAUAAAAAGCCAUGGUUUCAUCUCCAAAUUCACUGUUUCUACUAAUUGGGCAAGUGUAUGCCUAGUAUUUUGUUCUCUGUCCCUUAGAAUUUAUAACUAGAGAAAUCCGAUUAUCCAUUGAUUCUAUGAUUUUGUCAACUACAUCAACUGGCAUGUUCGUAAUUGUUCUAAUCACACGCUCACUGAAUUCUUCGUAAGUUUCGUGUGUUAUAUUUAACUCAAGAGCUUGCUUAUCCAGCUCUACUUUAACUGUAUAAGAAAAAUUUUUUUAUACAAUGAAUAUCACCACUCCUCGGGGGAAGUUUCAACUGCUUUGCUUUUUUAACAUGUACCGCGUGGCGCGCUGACGCGCUAUUUUGAACCGGACAGUUGUCCUGUACAAACAAUCGUGACCCACUUUUGUUCGCUAUUCUAAACAUGUUCUCAAAAUUAUCCUGUACAAAUUCGGCAAAGUACGUGCCGUCUAGUUUAUCAUACUGAUGACACACAAUAGCUCCUUUGCCGUAACUAGUAGCCACAACCACUUUCACAACUUUUCCACCGCUUCCCACUUUGCCUCCCUCUGCAGUGCAGCCGCGCAUAAGUCCCUUGCACUUCUUGCGCCAAAUAUGGCCGUGAGGCGCACUGGCUUGAUCUGCUGGGUUCCUUUUAUACCAAAAACUAAGGCAAUCUAAAUAAAAAGCUACAUCGUCUUUCCAAACAUCCUUUGAGUAGUCUUUUCUCAUAUGUUUGGCGAAUUUUAAGCGUUCUUUUAAGUCCUUUUCUGACAGAAGGCCCUUUUUCCUUGCUUGGAGGAAACGGUAACCUUUCCUUUGAAGGAAUCGCCUGAUGGUUCUGUUAGUCACAUGUUUUGGGCUUAUCCCAGCUCUUGACAUUAGCCUAAUGGAUGUAAAGUUACCUUCUUCGUGUCUCAAACUGUACAAAGUUUGUAGAAUUUUGCGUUCCUCUCGCAAGCUCAGUUUUCGGGGCCUUCCUCCCAAAUUUCUUCUCUUUUCUAGCUGUCAGUUAUCCUCUCCUUUUUUAUCCUGUAGACCGUGGUUCGGAAACAUGGCAUUGUCUCACUAUAUCCUUUAUCGAUAAUUUCUUUUCUUGUGUUAAAUACAUAAUAUAAGCCCUUUUGAACAGGUUGAUUUCACCAUUAAACACCAUGAUUUCUUUCCCGUGCACCUAGUCGGCCGUUAAAUAUAGUGGCAUCUUUUUGACGUCACAAUUGACGCGUUCUAAUUGCUUAAUUGACGUUUCCGAUACUUUGGCAGAAAGCUUAUUAAAAGGGCAAUAACUGGGCCAAAAAUCACUAUCUUCUGAACUUCCAUUGCGAGGAUACAGCAAUUUGAACUAUGAGCCAUCUCAGACAACCCUGGACAAAACUGUUGAGACAUUUCAAUGCAAUUUUCAAUUUCGCGCCAUGCAAUCUUCUUGUCCAAAAGGAACAAAUUCGCCCCCCUCCCCACCCCUGGUGCAGUGUUGUUUUGGCCUAACAGCUCAAGUGUUGCUCAAGUGUGCAUUUCUUUUGUUAUCGCAAACCACAUUGCAAAAGGGGAGGGGGGAAACGGUCUUUUAAUUUGAGACGGUAAGCAUUUUUGUCAGGGUGAGUGAAAACAAUAGGUAUUUUUGUAAUGUGUCUCAACAGGUUUUGUCCAAGGUUGUAGGUUGUCCUAAAACCGAUCACUAUUAUAGACAAAGGUACUCGAACUGAGAUAACCCCCUCACUGGUUGUACUUGUUGAAAAGGAGGGAAAAGGUAUUAUAGUCUAUUCAAUUUUUUAACAAUCAAAUCUUAGACUGAUAGUUUUCUGUGCAUAACCAACGUAAUUAGAUCAAUUUUAAUUCUUUAAACAAACAAUGGUUAAACUAAAACAUGCUUGAAAAGGUAACAAAAUGGCAAAAGUUUUUUUGUUAUUAUUCUCAGUUAUAAUGCAAUGAAACCCAUAUGUUUUAUUUGUAUUUUUUAGUAUUGUUUCAAGUUAAUCUACUUCUCUUUAGGCACUUUAUUCAAGACUUUCAACAUUAAAGGUCACAGUCAGCAACCCAACCUUUCUAAAAAAGCUUGAUGAGUAUGGGAGCAAGUUUGAUGAGGUAGUGAAGGAAGGGAAAGAAAGGGUUUCUGCUUGCUUGAAGAAAAAAGCCAAAUUGGAAGAAAAGAGGGAAGAGCUAGCUAUGACCCAGGAUUUAGCUACUGCGACAACUUCUACAGAUGCAGCCUCAGGUCUCCCAGAAUCAUCUGCAAGUACAGUACACGGACAACAAGUUUCAAGUAGUCAGCUUAAGCAAGUAGAAGAUGAAAUCAAUGCAUUGGAUCAGUCAUCUGUUAGUGACAUGCAGUUUGUCAUUGACAAUUUUGAUCUAAGACAGAAUGUUAGAGAGAUGACUUGUGACAGCCAAAACAAGGAUUACCAUUGGACCAAACACAACUGUCUUCUUAACAGAGUGUCAGGUGCUCACUUGGACAAUACCAAACCUGUUUGUGACAUAAAUGACUUGCCUUAUGGCACUCUUUUACCUCAGGCAAGGGAUCACUUGAAAAACAGAGAAAACUACAUUGUCCUUGUUCAAAGGGUUUUUGUUGAAUGCAUUCCAGCAUUGCGUUUCCUAAAGGAUGCUGUUAAAAAACAUAUUCCCCACGAGUACAGUAAAGAGAUGGGUCAAAAGACAACAAAGGUACAACAUGACACUAUUGUGAAAUAAUUCUUGUGGUUCAUAUUCUAACUUGGUCCAUAGAAAUCAACUUUUCCUUUUAAUAGUGUCAAACACUUUGUCAUACAUAAUCAAAAACUAAAGGUAUAUUAGGUUCUAACCAAAUAUAAAAUUGAACCACAACAUAGGGUCAUAAUUUCAUUUCAAUCCCAAAAGUGGAAUUGUGUUAAUUUUAACUUGAAAUCACCAAACAAUAUUAAAUACUAUCUGGUGAUAUUUUUCUUCAAGUGCUGAUAAUUCUGCUUGAUCAUUGACUUUUGGAGUGUUACAAAAUUAUGUACAAUUGUACAAGAUGAGAGCCUUUUUACAUCAAAAGUGCCUUCUUAGUGUACCAGGCCCAGUUGUUUGAAGGCUGAUUGGCAUUAACCCAGGGUUACAUUUUAACCUGAGGUUCUCUUCCUUAGUUCAAAUGCAUUUUGUCAGAUAAUUUUCACUAUUCUUUUUAGAGCAUCCAGUCAUCAAAUUGAAGACUAAAUGAAUGAAGUUUCUUUCUAAGACUUCAUAUUCAAGUUAUGCACUAAACCUGGGUUUAUCGUUUUUUUAGCCCAGCCCCAAUGUAUAAUCAAAGAUUGAAGUCAUUGACCUGAGUACUAUGAUAAGUCGAUGUACAACUAUCCCCUUCCCUUGAGUGGUACAGUCUCAGUCUUUACCUGAAGGAAGGGGUACAAUUCUCGGUUUUCACAUGACAUCACAGUAUUUUCCAAGUAUGGACGUCCACCAUAUUUGUGCCCCUCGAAGUGGAAUAUUUUAAGUGGAGAUUUGCUCUAUGUGUAUAGUUCUCGCGUUUUCGUGGCUUUUCUGCGGACUCGGGUUGGAUUUAUCCCCCAAAAACGAGAAGGAAGAAAUAGAGAAGUUAUGCAGCAAGAUUCCGGUGCUUUCUGAGUAUGCCACGGUCUUAGAAAGCCAUGUUAAGCUGCGAUACCUCAAGAACAUUUCUGUAGUCGGUAUUGACCCAUUCAAAAUCUCAUGUGAGCAGUUCAAUACGGAAUGUUUGCCACCAAUCGAACAAUCUGAUUUAUUUGGUUACCUAGUUCUGCAGACCAGUUACUACACAAAGGACCAGUUUAAGAAUUACAAGAGUCUAGAAGCAUACAAUCAAGUUGUAUCAAGGUUUGUGACUUUAGUGAGCAGAAAGAUAAUUUCCGGAAAGUAUGUUGUUGCAGCUAAAGUGAGACAUUCGCAACGAAUGAACGAUCCACUCGUCAACGUUUAGAUUAUAACUGAGAUUGAAGGUGAAAUAAUUUCUGCUCACUGUUCAGGUUGUAAAGCUGGGCUCGCCGAAUCAUGUUCGCAUGUCGCCAGCGCCUUAAUAUACAUCGAAUGCUGGGCAUGUGUCAACGGAAAGAUGGCAUGCACACAAGUGAAAUGUUCAUGGCUUCUGCCAACUUACAUGAAUGAGGUAACCUAUGAGAGAGUUAAGGAUAUUGACUUUACCUCUGCGAAAAAGUUGAAAGAAAACCUUGACAUUAAAACUGACUCCCUUGAUCAAAACAAAGCGACUUUGCGUGAAACUCAACCUUGUGAAGCAGAGACCGCCGCUCAUUCGCAGCUGGCUUCAACAGAGGAAAUGGAAAAAUUUUAUGAAGCACUUCAUCUUUGUGAAACAAAAGCUGUUGUGCUGAGUUUAAUCGACCCAUAUGCUGAAAAGUUUGUGGUAAAAAAGUCGGAAUGUACCAGUCCUAUCAGAUCUUUAUGACACAAGCUUUUUAGAACUUGAUUAUCCAGGAUUGUUGCAGAAGUGUGCCGAUGUCAAAAUUAUGUUGUCAGAUCAGUACAUUGAAAUUGUUGAACAGGACACAAGAGAUCAAGCUAGGGGCCCUAAAUUUUUUAGGCAUAGAGCAGGUCGAAUCGGAGCCUCUGUAAGUGGUGCGGUCUAUCACAGCAAUGUAGCACAACCUUGACAGUCACUAAUAAAGUCAGUUUGUUAUCCGCAUUUGUACAAAGUGAACACCAAGGCAAUUAAACAUGGCUGCAAAUAUGAAGAAUAUGCUAUUAAGGCAUAUGAGACACAUAUCAAAAAAAGACCAUGUCAACUUUCAAGUAACACGAUAUGGGCUGUUUAUUAGCAAGCAGUACCCAUUCCUGCAUGCCACACCUGACUUCUUAACAUCUUGUGACUGUUGUGGGUUGGGGUGUGGCAAAGUAAAAUGUCCCGUUUGUAUCCUAGAUUGUGACUUUGACAAAUACAUUCAGAAGAAAAGCUCUUGUUUGGAAAAAGUCAAAGGAACCUUUAAGUUAAAAAGGACACACAAUUAUUACUUCCAGGUGCAGCAGCAGUUGUUUACUCUGCCAGAGAGAAAGUUUAAUGACUUUGUUGUCUGUGCAAUUGACUCUGGUAAAAAUGCACACCUAGUAACUGAGAGAAUUUAUCCUGACCUAGAGCAUUCAAAGAGAGUCUUGCCAAAACUUCAAGAAUUUUGGAGAAUUUGCAUUCUCCCAGAAAUCCUGGGGCAAUGGUUCACAAGGAGGUGUGAUGUGCCUAGAAGUGUUCCCGAUGAGCAAGGUAUUUGUUUUUGUAGAGGCCAAAACAGUAAUUAUGUGGUAUCAUGCAGUAAUGUAGAAUGCCCUUACGGAAAGUUCCACAUCUCAUGUUUAUCUCUCAGAGAGGUGCCUACACUGAAAACCUGGUACUGCCCACACUGCUGUAGGCUACCUCAGUUCAAGCCAAGCAAAAAGUCAACAAAAAGUAAGCAAGCAUCUGCUGUGACUCAGGCUGCCAUGCUGUGUGGCACCAUUUGCAUUUGUAAAACUCAGGCAACAGAAACUGACAGACUACUGGAGUGCCAUAGUACAGGUUGUGGAAAUGGACAUUUUUUUCAUUUGGGUUGUUUGGGGCUGAAAAGAAAGCCAAACAAUUCGAAAACAACAUGGCAGUGUGAGGCUUGCAGAAAAAAACCAAAACCCACCGUGAAGUUUGUUAAACUUACCACUUCUACUUCUUCUACUGAUAAUGAAUCAUCAGUAACCCCUAUGGCAACAGCUUUGACAGUAUUAAGCGAUUCCAACAGUGACAGUGAAGAUGAAAUUUCCAUCACCAUGGAAACAACAGGCACUGUGAACAAAUUUAGUGCCUUAGCAACCCUGGAUUGUUCAGACUAUGAUAUUAUUAAUGACUCGUCUGGGUGGCUUACCUAUGACAUCGUUGAAACAGUACAAGUGUUAUUACAACAAGUAGACCCAUUGCUUGAAGGCCUACAGCGUCCAACUCUUGGAUGCGUUCGAAACUUUGAUGCUGUUUCUGGUGAAUUUAUUCAAAUUCUUCAUACAGGCAGUGAUCAUUUGGUCUGUGUAAGUUCCAUAGGAUGUUUGCCUGGGAAGGUAGGGCUUUCUGACAGUUUGUUUCAUGAUGUCAUAAGUCAAGAGAUAGAGGAGCAGACGAAUGACUUGCUAGGUGGUCAUUUGGUGGAACUUGAGUUUGUUCCAGUUCAGCAGCUCUGUUUACUAUCGCUGACACCCCACAAGCGUUAACGGAAACGACAGAGAGAACGAAACCCUUGUUUAGGAUUCGUACAUUGAAAGCUGUGGGAAUCUUACGCAGGGGUAAAUCGUCGGACAGAAUUGGCACAAAAAAAUAAGCAUGUUUCCUGUUUUUUAACUUACUGUCAGUUUUAUUCAUUGACUCAAACCAUAGAGUAGAGUUAAUCACUUUCUGCAAGCAAAAAAGUGAACUGAAAGAUAUCUACUGUAGUGUAUGCAAAUUGAACCUAAAGCUGCAGGGGUACAUGUAAUAUAAAAUGUUACAACACUCUCAACAUUAUUUUAAUAAGCUCCAGAUACAUCUUACUACAUAAGAACAUUUUGACUCUUGAAAAAGAAUGGCUUUUCCCUUCUCGUAAAACCCUUUUUUUCUUUUGAAAAAAUGGGCCUGGGUUUUUAUUAUUAUUAUAAUCUAUUUUACUACACAUCGUAUUUCCAGAACUUUUUAAAACAAUGUGUAAUAAAGCUAUUAUUUAUGUCCAUUUAGGUUUUUUGAUAACUACAAUGGGCUUGGUCCCUGUAAUACUAGCCUUGGCUGAUUAUGAAGUUUAAAUUUAUAAAUAAUGAUACCUUUAUAACAGUCAUUACCCGCAAAGUAGCUAAUAAAAGCUGGAACAAUCCGAAUUCUCAUUUCAGUUCCAGGGUUGUCGCUAAGAUUUCGAGUUUCUGGGUAAAUACAACAAGUAGGCGGGGAAUCAAACACCGAGGGGUUUCUUUUGGUUCUAAUUUUCUUCUAUUUUCCAAUAAAAGUAGCCCGGGGCCACACUCAUAGUAGCCGGGGGAAAUCCCCGGCCCCCACUCUCCCCCUUUUGUAUUUACUUGUGAAACAAAGGAAGAAUGUCUCAUCAGAUCAGGAGUCACUUAGGGCCUUAUUCCAUGUACCUCUUUGAUCGAAAAAUAAAAUUUACAACAAGAUAGUACCAAAAUCUCAUCAAAAUACGUGUAUAUAUUUUUAUAUUUCAUUGAUUUAGAGCAAACUGAUUUUUUUUAUGUGCUGUGUGUUGUUCCAGGAAAUACUCAUUCUCCAUUGAUUUGCCAUUGUGUAUGUAGGAGGGGUGGGGUGGGGGAACUUCUUGCCAUUAGUUCACACUGCCUGCUAAAGAGUUUGGCUUACAAGAACCCCUCCCAGUCAUGGUUUAAAUGACCCCGCUUGGGUUUGUGUGGAUAUCUUUCUGGAACCACACAUUGCACUUGUUACCCGUCACCUCACUGGUUAAGGACAUGUUAGCUAUCAGUCUGAAGGUUGCUCACGAAAGAGCAAUGUCAGUUUUUUGCCUCCCCAAGAACAAUAACAACUGAUACAUAUUUUACAAAAUAAAUACAAGAAUGUUUGUGUUUUACAAAAAUUCAAAGCUCUCUAUACACACUUUACAAAGACAUUUUUACCAUUCAACAUGUGACAUAAUUUAAAGCAGUGCAUCUCCACCUUGCCUUGCUGAAACAGGUGUGUCACAACUGUAUAAUUUGGCAUGAAACUAUUAUGAGACACUGAACUAACACUUAAAACUUAUCUUGAAAAACAUUUUGUAGCUUGAGCUGAAACUUUUUACAUGUCCAAGCCCACGUUUUAUGGUCCCUGUCCUCACAAAAAAGUACACACCAUAAGAAUAUUAACCCUUUUCACUCCCAUACUGAAUAAUACAGUGUAGUGUUGUAAGGUGGUUCUGACUUUUGAGUUUCUGGACAAACUGUUAGGGUUAACAUUCAAAUGAAACCCCUUCAACAGUACUUUCCUAUGGUGCUUUUUGUUUUCAACAUUUUACAAAAUGAAAUUUGGAAAUUUUGCUGACUUUUGACUUUAACUACCUCUGGGAGUGAAAGGGUUAACAUAGUUAUGUCUUAUCAUUUCAAACUUCUAAAUGUAACCAAAAAGGACAUGACUAAUCUAAGGGUACUAUUCCAGUGCAUAAAUUCACAAGAGCAGAGCAAACCCUCACUAUUCUGUCAAUUAUGGGAACCUGGGAAUCUGUUGCUUCAUUAGCGCUACCCCUAAGAAAGUCUGUUGGUAAAGUACCCUCUAAAAUUGUGUACUUACAACGGAGAAGUUCAAUAACUCUUUCGACAUGAAUGCGAACGCUCGCAAUACCUCGGGUCUUCUCUACAUCUACUGGGUCUAGCUGUGACUUCCCCUUAGUAAGCGCUGGAAUGAUAAGUUUAGCUUGUUUUAGUCUGUGAAGCCUCUGUCCGCCAUAACCAUGUCUCCUGGUAAAAGUUUGUCAAGAAAUCCACAAUUCUCAGUAAGGAACUUGUCAAAGGUUCUACCCCCCAAGCUUCAGAAAAUGAUGAAAUAGAUCACUGAGGGGUGAUGCCUAUUAAAAUUUUUCUAGUGUCGUGAUGGUUAUGUGAACUAUAAUGUCUGUGCUCUUGCAAGCAAAUUUGAUGGUUUCUCAACGAAAACCUCAAAACAAUCGAUUAUAACUGUCACCUUGUUGCCAAAGGCGUAUUUAAAGCACAUUGGCAUUGUUUUGCAAAGAUUCUCUCUCUCAGGCCAGUGAACAAGCCAACACAACCUGUAGUCCAUAGAUCCAGUGCCUGAGUACGGCGACUCACGUGUGGCGCCACAUGGUUAAAAGUUGCUACGAUAACCUGGUAGGAUGGUAACCCUGUAUAAAAGCGAACUUUAUCAUCAGAUCUGAAAUACUCUCUGUCUGGAGCUUGAUAUGUUGGCCUAUAAAACGUAUUCAAACUCCUCGGUUUGUGUUUCGGCGUCUUUUGAAGGCUCUGAGACGCUUCCUUCAGCGUGGUUUCAGCAUGGCUUGUAGUACCAGUCGUGGAACUAGAGGCCUCUGAUGGCUCCAUUUCUGUCACAUUGGCAAUGCCAGGAUUUUCCUCGACUUCUUCUGUUGAGGUAAUUGUGCUAGUCUCUGUGAAGUGGAUAUCAACAACUCGAUCGCCACUCACAUUUAGAUGUUUUCUCUUCUCGGCGACUUCGACUUCCUGUCGUUCAAUAGAGCGUUUCCUGCGUUCCUUUGCUCUUUCGGCUCUUUCUUCUACAGCUUUCUGGUUUUGUUCUUUCCGUUCGUUUCCCUCAUAGUCUCUUUUACCGGGAUUUAAAGUCAGUACCCAAUCGAUGUUGUGCUUGUCCCAUACAGCUGCAGCCUUCCCUGAAACGAAAUGACGAUCACAAACACGUUCGCUUUCUAGGAUAUCCUUCUCCUCAGUGUCGCCACGGCUGACCGCCAAAAUCCAUCGAUUUCUUCUCUCCCGUGUCAAUUCUUCCCAUUCCUCGCCUUGAUUUGUGAUAAUCUUUGGUAUUUUACUGAAUUUUGUGUUCUGUUUACUGCUUUUUGCCCCGCAACCGACCACAAUACAGAGAACCAUCUCAAACUCACGCACUCGCGUCUUAGAUUUGUUUACAUUUCAGGGGCACAAAGGUGGCGGAUAGCAACUGUUGCCAAGGUCAGUGUCACAUGAGUGAAAACUGAGAAUAAUUAUCAUUAUUGUUGUAGAGUGGUGACAGUAAGGUCAGAUUAGAAUUAACUUUCCCUUUAAAUUAUGAAUCUAAAUACAAUUAUAAAAUAUUUUUAUCCACCCCAUGGAAGGUAAAAUGGUCAUCCUGAGAAACAUUUCAAUCCUCUUCUUAUCAUUGACUUUGUUCCUGGUCUACCAGGCAUGUCAAGGUAUCAUUUUUGAAAAUGAAAACACAACUGAAGGUAUGUUUAAUGUGCUGAGGAGGAUACCUUCCUAUCUACCAAGUAAAGGAGAAGGAGAGGAUCAGCAUUUUGUUUCAGCUAAUGUCAUUGUUGAUCAACUCACUGUAGACAGGGCUGUCAAUGCAUUAAUGGCGCAGCAAAAUGGCUAUACAGAAGAGGAGAGAAUGACAGGUUUAAACAUCGGAAUUGCAGAAUAUUUUACAGGUAAUUAUAAUGGAAAUAUUUUAUACUGCAUUUCCUAUGGUUCUCAUAAUACUCUGGAACAUCUCAUUUACCAAAAUAUAUACAUGAAUUCCUGUAAUCAAUUUCUUUUGUUUUGCUUUUAAUAGUGCAAAACGUUCCUUUCGGGGGAGGGAGGGGGCAGGAUAAUGGCUAAAUAGAAUGAGAACAGUGUGCACCAUAGCUUCAAGGUUCUUGCUUUAACCAGUCAGAAUUUAGUAAAGUUCCAAAGACUUCAUAACUACAUAGCCCUAUUGAGAAGAGUCUUUAGCUUGAAAACGAGGUUAUGAAAGAGAGAGAGCAAAACACACCAAUAUUUUUUGUAUGUAUUUAUCUUUCAAUGCAGCUGUGUUUCAAAAGAUACUACUCUUCAGACUGA